AUGAUGGUGAGAACCCCGGGCUGUGACAAAAAUGGACUGAAGAAAGGAACAUGGACACCAGAGGAAGACAAGAAGUUGGUCGAUUAUAUUACCAGGUAUGGCCACUGGAAUUGGCGCCUACUCCCCAAGUUCGCAGGUCUUGCGAGAUGUGGAAAGAGUUGCAGACUUAGGUGGUUGAAUUACCUAAGGCCAAACCUCAAAAGAGGAAACUACACCGAAGAAGAAGAGGAAACUAUCAUCAAGCUGCACCGACAUCUGGGUAACAGAUGGUCUGCUAUUGCUGCACGGAUUCCAGGAAGAACAGACAAUGAAAUAAAAAACUAUUGGCACACCAACCUCAAGAAACGGUCUCAACAGGACUCAGCCACAGAAUCUCAGGUCUCAAAUUCAAGUGAACAAUGCCCAACAACAACUGAACCAAGUGCUAAUACUUUCCAAAGCUUUAACUCCACUCAAGAUUGUUCCCCAUUUUCCCAGCAUUCAUCAUCCUCCACAACAAGCACAGAAUGUACCACUGUAACCAGAAACGAAAAUCUGGUUCUGCAAGAUGAUUUUUCCUUUUGGGAUACUGACACGGAUCUUGUGAGUGGGAAUUUCUGGUUAGAAUCAUAUUUGUUUGAUAUUUCAUAUGAAACUAGUGACCCAGAGUACUUUAGCACAGUUUUUGAUGCAGAACUUUGGAGCCAUGAUUAUUGCCAUCUCGACGUGGAAAAUAUAUACUAA